GAGACCAGUCCCACACGAACCAAGGGGGCACGAAACCAGGACCCCCGCUGCCUCCGCCUCCUUACCAGUGUGAUCCAUGAUUCGGCUCGCAGGGCACAGUGGGAGCGGAAGUGAGUCGCUCCAGAGUCGCAUAGAACGCGUGCGCUCUACCUUCCGGAGCCCAAAGGCGGAAGUGCGCUCGGAUCGCUUGCAUGGGGUUCCCUCCCUCGUCGCCGCUGCCGCCUGACUCCGGUGAGGGAGUCAGCCUUAGCCAGAACUGAGGCAGAAAGAGCGGGGACGCGAGGACUUCGGUGUCAAGACUGCUAAUGCGCCCUGGAGGCGGCAGCCUUCAGCAGUAUGAAGGACACCUAUUACUGUUGGAAAGCAACAGGAACCAGAGGGAAGCGCGGCGGGCAGGUGGUUGGCUGUGUCAAGAUGAAGCUGAAUAUCUCCUUCCCAGUCACUGGUUGUCAGAAAUUUGUUGAAGUGGAUGAAGAACAAAAGAUUAGUAUGUUCUGUGAGAAGCACCUAGCCACAGAAGUAGCUGCUGAUUCUCUGGGUAAAGAGUGGAAGGGUUAUGUGGUCCGAAUCAAUGGUAGGAAUGAAACAAGGUUUUCCCAUAAAGGAAGAUUUCCUGAUCCACGGCAGAGCGCACCUGCUGUUAAAUAAGAGCAAAUUAUAGACCAAAGAGAACUGGAGAGCAGUAAAAUCUGUUUGCAGAUAUAUCGUGGAUGCCAAUGGUUAUUGUAAGAGAGAGAGAGAGAGAGAGAGAGAGAGAGAGAGAGAGAGAGAGAGAGAGAAAGAUGUUCCUGGGUUGACAGAUAUACUGUGCCUUGUCAAUUUACCCCUAAAAGGGCCAGCAGAAUCUGAAAGCUUUCAGUCUCACUAAAGAAGCUGAUGUCUGCCAAUAUGUUGUCAGAAAGCCCUUAAAGAAGCUAAAAGAUUGUAUUAGGGUUCUCUAUAGUAACAGAAUUUGCAGAAUUAAUCUUGGGGGAUUUACUAGAAUGACUUAUAGGCUGUGGUCCAGCUAAUCCAACAAUGGCUGUCUGUAAAUAAAAAGUUCAUGUUCAGUCCAUGAGCCUGGACAUCUCAGCUGGUUGUCAGUAUAUGCUGCAAUCCCAAAGAAGUAGACUUAAAUGCCAGUCAAAGAAUGCUUGUGAGGCAAGAGCAAACAGGCAAAGAACAAAAGCUUCCCUCUCCCAUGUCCUUAUAUAGGCUUCCAGCAGAAGAUGUGGCCCAAGUUAAGAGGUGGGUUUUCGCAGCCCUAAAGAUCUAGACUAAAGGUAUGUCUUUCUACCUCAAGGAUCUGGAUUAGAAGUGGAUCUUCCCACUUCAAAGUAAGCAAAAAUCUCUCACAGAUAUGCCAUUCUAUUUUUGGGCUUUAAUAAAUUCCAGAUGUAGUCAAGUUGAUAGUCAAGAAUAGCCAUCAAAGAAGCCCAGAACCAAAGCACCCACAUGCCCUCCAAUACAAACACCGAAACAUUACUCUGAAGAGGGAUUGUGGGCGGGUGGAAUUUACUGUCUAAAUAUAUGUCUUAUCAGAUCAUGGUAGCCAAUCACAGGAAAAUUAUAAAGGGGAAAAACAGCAUGUAUUAAUUUUUCACUAAUGAUCUAAUAUUUCAAGUUGGAAGUAGUUUAAAAUAUAAUGCUUGUAGAACAAACACUAGUCAU